AUGAGAAGCAGCGUGUUUUUACUUUUUAAGAUGGAGGAAUUGUUGAAUAGUGAACAGACCUGCAUGCGUUUGAAAAAUAGCAUCGAUAUUGAAGAACUGCGGAAAAAUUCUGAAAUCACAUUUGAAUUACAGAAGGAUGAUGAGUCUUUUGAAAUUAAUGGAGAGAAAUUCUCGUCAGAAGCUUUCAAAGACAUGUACCUGAACAUUGCACCAACAGAGGAUGAUAGAGAGAAUUUGUUUUCAACAUCAUUUGAAAAAAUGGCUGAAAAUAUGACUGAUAUAUCUGGUGAUGGUGGAGUGUUGAAAAAAUUACUGAAACCAGGAGAAGGCCCUAUUGUUCCAGAAGAAGCCAUUGUUAGAACUCAUUACAAUGGCUUUGUUGAAUACAAUGAUGAACCAUUUGAUUCCACAAGACUUCGAGGAGAAGUUUUCAAAUUCAGGUUAAAACAAGGGAGCAUAAUUCCUGGUUGGGAAAUUGCUAUAAGAACAAUGAAAGCAGGAGAAAUCUCACAAUUCCUAAUCUCGCCAGACUAUGGUUUUGGCGAACUUGGAUGCCCACCUCGGAUUCCUGAAGCGACUUUGGCUUUAUUUGAAAUUGAACUUUUGUCUUUUGUCGAUGAGGUUGGUAUUGAAGAUUACUGCCACUUGAAUGAAGAAGAAAAAUCUAAACUCAUAUUUGAGCAAAUAAACAAAAUGGUUCUCAAAGAGAAAGCUUUGGCGACUGAAUAUUUCCAAUCAAAACAAUUACACAAAGCCUACAACAAAUACAAACUUGCCACCCAAAUAAUAGAAGAUUAUUUGCCAAAGAAUUAUGAAGAGAAACGACAGGGGGAACAAUUCCUUUUAACACUCAAUCUGAACAUGGCUUUAUGUUGUAUCCGUCUUAACCAUUCGGGACGAGCUGUGACUUAUUGUCAAAAGGCCUUACAGUUAGAUAAUACAAAUACAAAGGCUCUCUAUCGACUCGGCCAGGCCUACCAUCAGCUGGGAAGAUAUUCUGAAGCCAUUGCUAAUCUCAACUUAGCAAAGAAGCAAUUACCUUCGGACUCAAAUAUUUCAAAACUACUACAGCAAUUGCAUGAAGAUGUUUUGAAACAUAAAGAAGAAGAAAGCAAAAUAUAUCGCAGAAUGUUCUGUCAAAAAUUAUCAAAUCACAAAUCGAGUUUAUGUAAGCAAUAA